AUGGUAACCCACACAAUGCGAGCAUAUAGGGCAAGGAAGAUGGCCUUCCUUGCGCGCUCCUACUCGACCGCCGUGGCCAUCACCGACCCCCUCGUCAAGUACCGCACCCUUGUAUCGACCAAAGUACUCUCCCCGGACCCGGACCAGCAUCGACUCGCUAUUCACCUGCAAAAGCUUUACGGCCGUUUGAAGGACUAUGCCCCCGAGGUCGACUACCGCGAGCGUCUCAAGCAGGUUGCUGAUAUUCCCGAGGCUCGCGACCCCGACGAGGCCGCCGCGACGCUCGCCAUGCCGAGCCAUCCCAUUUGGGACAACCCGCUUUUCAAGCACCUCGCUCGCAAGGCGAUGCCAGUGUCCAAAGAUCAGAACCCAAUGGCCCUCGUCCGCGUCAUGACGAGCCUCGAGGGCGCCAUCACCAUCAACUCGCCGAGGGGGUUGUUUCUGUCCGGCGAGGUCGGCGUCGGGAAGUCCAUGUUGAUCGAUCUUCUGGCACAGGGCCUGCCGACGGAGAGGAAGAAACGGUGGCAUUUUAACACGUUCAUGCUGUAUACUUUCUCGCAGCUCGAGCGGUUCCGCCAGUCUCAUCCUGAGCUGUCCGGGAACGAGAAGGAGUACUCUAUGCUUUGGCUCGCCAAAAAGCUCGUUGAGGAGUCUCCGGUCCUGUUUCUGGACGAAUUCCAACUACCCGAUCGAGCGGCGAGCAAGAUCCUUAGCCACCUCUUCAUAGCAUUCUUCCACCUUGGAGGCGUUCUCAUCGCUUCUUCCAACCGAAUGCCCGAAGAGCUUCAGAAGGCUAUUGGCGUCGAGUACACCGUCGCCCCCUCGGAUGGUUUCCUCAAGAGUCUGUUUCUCGGCGGCGCUCGUUCGCGAGGUACUCGACAUAGCCAAAACGACUUUGCUGCGUUUCUGGAAGUUCUCAAAGCUCGUUGUGACUUUUGGCACAUGGAGGGGGCAACUGACUGGCGGCGCCGUGAGACUGGGGAGAAGGUAACGGUUGAAACGACAUCUAUUAAGGGAAAUGGAGCUGUGGAAGAGUCAGCUGAGGCUCAAGAGGAAAUGACAAAACCCGCCAAGUACUUCCUCUCCCCCGAAGCCUCCAGCUGGACGACGGAGCUGUCGGACCUCCUUUCCAGAUCCUGGACCCCAGCAACACUCACAGUCUACGGUCGCACGAUCGUGAUUCCGCGCCAGCGGGACGGCGUCGUCCACUGGGACUUUGACGACCUCGUCGCCACAUUCGGUCCCGCCGAUUACGUGACCAUGGCCUCCACCUACCACACCUUCAUCGUCGACAAUGUCCCAACCAUGACGACGCUGCACAAGAAUGAGGCCCGCCGCUUCAUCACUCUCCUCGACGCUCUCUACGAGGCUCGCUGCAAGCUCUUCGUCCGCGCCGAGGCUGGGCCCGACGACCUCUUCUUCCCGGACAUCCGUGCCGCCCAGGCCGAGGCGGUUCUUGCGGCCGCUGCCGCCGCUUCCAGGGCGGAGACGGGCGAAGAAGUUAUAGACUCAGACGCGAUCCACUCCGAGACCAUCGCCGAGGUAUACCAAGACCAAGCCGCGCCCUUCCGCCCCAACAUCUCCUACUACGACACGGAGCUGCCCACUUCGAAAUACGACCCGGACCAAGACUCGGACUUUGGCCGCCUCGGCAACGUCAGCAGCGCCACGGGGGCCUCCAGUCCCAACUUUAGCAACACGGCUGGCUUUAUCGGCGAAGACGAGCGCUUCGCCUAUCGGCGCGCCGCGAGCCGGCUAUGGGAGCUGUGCAGUGCUGCAUGGCACGCCCGUGGGGCCGGGAGUGAGCCGGCGGACUGGUGGACGCCCGUUCCGCGCACGGCACGGCACUGGGAGGACUCAGCGCCGUCGAGGCCAAAGAAGGACGAACCCUUGCUGCCGCGGCGGCAGACUGAUGCCACUAUGGGCCCGUCGCGGCCUAUCGACGAACCGUUUGGGACGGAUAAGCUUGUGAUUGACAGGUGGCAGGCCUUGGAGGAGGCGGAACGGCGACGCGAUGAGUCGUCUCAGGGGAGAUGA